GAAGAAAAAUAUAGUUCAAAUGACAAAGUUUAAAUUGGGUAUAAAAAAUUAUUUGUUGUUAUCGAUGACGUAUGCAUAUAAACGUACUGUAACAUUUCAUUUUUAAAGAAGGCCUAACUUAAACUUGUCUCGUCACAUUAACAUAUUAGUCUUCAAGGUGGAAAAGGAAAGCAGGAAUUCUAAAAUACAACAGAUAAUCUUUACUUAAAAGUCAAUUUUUAAUUGACUUUGUACGAAUUCAAGGAUUCCAAUUGCAGUAAAAGGAUGACAAUAAAAUGAAUGAUAUAUUUAUCUAGAUAGGAAAACAAUUUUUUAAUUGCAAAGCAAUAUAAUAACGUAUCAUAAAGGUACCGACUACUUGUACCAAUGUAGGUCUUUUUAACUGUGGUUUAUAACAAAACAAAAUAUUUUAUUAAAACAUUUUCAAAAACUGCUGCUUGCUAAUGUUUCAUACCCACGCCAGAGAACUUAGCACAUUACGAAGAUAACUCAAAUUUUGACUGUCGCCUCACGUUACUAUGGGAUUCAAACAGACAUGGCGAAAAAUAACAAAAUCUGAUCCCAACUGCCAGCCAUAAAUAUUCCAAUAAGUUUUAAACUCUCUGAAUCACACGAGCAAAGGAAGUGACAAACCAAAACACAUGUUAGGACCAUAUAGGAAAAGAAUUGCAGCGGGCUGUGAGAAUGUCAUACGUGGAGCAUGGACCACGAAUUUUUUUGGCUGGCGGUGCUGGAAACGAAACAUUAACCUAUGGAGAUUGUGUAUUUCCAAAAAAACGAUUGGAGGGCCGCUUAAAGGUGUAUGAUUCGUGCGCGGAUGUCAGAGCCUGGUGUACAAAUCCGCUAGAAAAUUCCCGCUAUUUUCGUGAACUCGCAGAAAACAGCCCUGCAAUAGGAAAAAUCGUACCGUUUGACGUAGUUAUUGACAACUUGAUUGCUCUAAGUACUCAGGCGCAAAAUGAACUCGCCGACUGUCGACGAGAGUUAGCGAAGUAUAAGGCACUCAAACUUACUAUAGCACAGCUGAAAGAAUUGCAAGAUAAUGAUAGUAAUGAAACGCCGGUUCAUGAUAUUCCAAGGAAUGAUGAAUCAAAUUCUAUUGCAAAGAGGAAAAACGAAGAGGAUAAUCAAUAUAUUCAGAGCUCGUGUCAGACCUUUCCUUUGACGAAGACUCUGAAAAAGUGUGUUUCUACUCAGUAUGACAAUGAUAUGUUCGGAUUUGAUUCUAAAGCAAUGAAAGAGGCCGCUCGUGAAGAAGUUUCACAAAAUGAGUCUUCUUAUGAAACAAACAGCAAUCCCGAUGGAGAAAAUGACUCUGCUGCUGUUACGUUUUCUUUUGAUAAGUUACCAGCAACGAAUAGAUACUGUGCGAAAGAAUCAUAUGAUGCAAAGGAAAAAAAGAUGGACAAUAAUUCAUUUGAUAAAGUGAAAUUAAGCAAACCCGUCGAUAACUUAUCCAUCUCGGAGAGCUAUGAAGUAUCUGUUAGCGGCGAUGAAAUAAACAGUGAAAUUUCUUCAACAUCUUCGUCUGAUUCCGAAACGGAAGAUGAGAUCCCAAACACAAUCAUCAAAAACGAAGCUGAGAUAAUCGUGUUAAAGAAUCAACUUGAAGUCAAGGAAUAUGAAUUGGAGGACGAAAGGGUGAAAAAGAAAGAUUUGCAAACAGCUCUGAAGAUGAAAGAAGAUCAUCUCAAUAUGUUGCUGCAAGACUUUAAUCAACUGCAAGGAAUGGGUGAUCAACAAAAUCAUAAACUGGAAGAUCUAAGGAAGGAAAUGUAUAUUCGCGACCGCUUGAUACAACGAUUAAAGGAAGAUCUAAGGAAAGAGCAAUUGGCACACUCGAACAAAGCUGAGGAAUUACAGUUCCGAUGGGAGGAAAACGAAAAAAUUCGUAAACAGAAUGAAUAUCUUAGACGAAAAGUUGAAGAAAUGGAAAAAUUGGCUAAAGAAGCUGAGGAAUGUGACAAGGCACUGAAAAAGCUAAGAGCGUCUUUGCAAGAGCUUGAUGAUUUACGAAUAAAAAAUCAAGACCUAGAACGACAGCUGCAUGAUCAAGAAGAGGAGAUACAGAAGCUGGUUCGAUUAGUAGAAAAAAGUUCUCAAGCAAACGAAGCACGUCAGGUGAAGAUGAGGGACGCUCUGGCAGACUUGAAGGCCGAGAUUGAGAGAAAGAACAAUAAGAUUGUUCAGUGCGAAAAGGAGCUGGCUGUCAUGCAGCUAGAAGUUAGCGGCCUCACUGACAAGCUUAACGGCGGUUUGAAUAACAUGGACGAACUUGAGACAAUGGGAGCAGUGCAACAGUACAAGAGAGAAUUAAAAGAUUUAAUCCAGGACAUUAAAGAAGUUUUGAUCGGACUUCAAAGUUCUAAGUGCCAGAAACAAUAUUUGAGAACUAAUCAGUCUGAACCUUCUCACGGAUUUGACAAUGAGCACAAUCAUCAUAGAGAUGGUGUAGAUUUUAAAGGUGAGCUAUCCCCCUCGAGAAUAAGAAAACGAAUGCUUGCACGUGAAGACUUGGACGAAUUAGAAAGACAGCGGGAAACAUGUGAAUCUGUAAAAAAUAUAGUAGAAGAAAGCAACGUUUUAUCUAUGAACAAAAAGAUGGAUAUUACGUCUAAAUCAAAGGAAAUAAUUGAUCGUUUAAACAAUGCAUUGCUCGACCUAGACGAUUGGAAGUUUGAAAAGAAACGCAUGGAGUGCACGAUCGAACAGUUGAACACAGAGAAAGCGAUAUUAAGUGAAGCAAAAGGUAACAAAGAAGGACUGGAAGCAGUGAUAGUGAAGAAAGUUUCUUAUUCUCUUCAGGAAAUAAAAAACCUUAUGAAGAAGUUGAAAUCGUAUAAAAAUGAACGUGACACUAUGUAUCAGCAGAUUAUUGAAUCGAAAGACGCUCUGAGGGAUGCUGAAGAAGCCGCUAAUAUUCAGGACGAUGGUGUCAAGAUCUUGAAACAACGUGUCUGUGAGCUAAAGGAAACCCAAAAGGAUACGACGCAUGCGGAGGUUGCAAAACUGACUGAGCAAUUACGAGAAACUUUAAGAAAAACUUCAGACGAUAAUAAAGUUGAUCGUGCACUUGCUAUUCACGUUAAAAAGUCUAUUGAUAAAAUAAAUUAUAUAUCUGCCGCACUCAAAGGCGCCGGAGAUGAAUGUACAGAAAUUGCCAGGGAGAUCGUUAAACAGCAAGACGAGAUUAUUGUGAGGAAUACUGAAAUUGACAAAUUAAAUUUGCAGAUAGCGAAUUUUUCAAAAUAUGCAAAUGAACACGAUGAAAAAAUACAGCGACUCGAAUUACGACUCGAUGAAAUAAAUAAGGAAGUUAAAUCUAAAAAACUUGAAGUCUGCGAUCUGGCACAACAACUUAAGAGAUAUAAGUGUAGCGUAGGUGAAUUGAAUGAGCACUGCACGUCUCUUAGAAACCAAGUUAAUGACUUAACAGAACAAAAUAUCAGACUUUCGACUUACUGUCAAAAAAAGGAUGAAAUACUUCAAAUCAAAGAUGGUGAAAUUGUUAUGCUUCUUGAAGAAAUACAACGCACAAAAUCGCCAAGCAGCGAUGAUAUCAAUGCAUUGGAAAAGAAGAUUAAUGAAAUGGAGCAAAAAUCAAUGCCGUUGCGAAAAAUGAAUGAAAAUCUUACGCAACUAGUAACAGACUCAACUGGAAUUCUUACGGAACGUAAUCAAUAUAUAUUCAAAUUGUUAAAGCAGGUUGACGAUUACGCGAGAGAGAUAAGUUUUAAAGAAAGUGAUUAUAAGGAAAAGAUAGAGGCGAAAAAUUUGGAAAUAGAGCUCUUGAAAAAGACGAUAUCAAGCCUGGAGGAAAAUUACACAACUGUUCAACAAGAAAUAGAAAAGCUUAAUAAUAAAGAUGCUAUUUUUAAGAAGGAAACUGAGAAAAUUGAUCAAAUAUUUAAUCUGCAAAAAGAAAUUUCUAAAUUUAAUGGCAGUAAACGAAAAUUGGUAGAAAAGUUAAGUAAACAGAAAGCGAAUCAGCUGGAAUAUGAAAAAUCGAAUGAAAAGUUAGAAAGAGAAUUGAAAGACAUGCAUGAAAAAAAUGUAGAAUUGGAACAUAAAUUAAUGAAUUUGAAAAAUGUGAAUAAGUCCGACUUCUUAAAUGUCCUUAAGAGUGAUUCUGUCGAAAAGCAAGAAUCUAUUACUUCAUGUACCUUAUAUAAUAAGAUAUUGAGUGAUAAAAGUCAAUUUGACGUACGAAUAUUACAAGAUUCCAAUAUAAAUGAUCGAUCCGGUGAUAACAUGAGCCCCAGAUUUCAAGGAAGUCAUUGGAUAUACGAACAAGAGACACGAAUAACGGAGACAAUCCGAAUGAGUAAAAAUUUGAAAAAUGAAUUGCAUCAACGUGUAAAAGAAUUGCAGUACUUCAAGAAUAAAAUAAGAAAAAUGGAAGAACAGAAGAUUUACAAGUCAACGUGUAAUAUUUCCCAACAAACAGAGUCAGAAAACGACCCACAAGAGGAUGGUAUUUUAACUGAUAAAUUGAGUUCUGACACGCAUAUCAAGUCGGAAAUAAAGAUUCUUAUGGAACACGUGAAAUCUCUUACUAAGGAAAAAGAAGAGCUCACUGCUGAACUUAAUGCUACGACCAUGAAAUAUAAUAGUUCGCUAAAGUCCCUUCAACAAAAGUACGACUGCAUCAUAAAUUCGAUUGUUAAAAAACAUAACGAAAGUAUUAAACGAAUGACAAGGGAUCAUGACGAAAUUAUAAAGGAUUUUGAAAAUCCAUUUGACCCUGAUUCGUGGCUCAAAUCACUAAAUCAGAAAGAGAUGGUGGAAUUACACAAUCGAAUAUGCUCUUCCGCGUCCUGUUUUAUUGCUGACAAGAAUUCAACGUCAAGUAUAAAACGAGAGCAGGAAAAGUUGGACGAUAUUAAUGAAAAACAUCUGUUAAAUAGAAGAAUUAGUGAGCUUGAAAAUGAAAUUUCGCAAAAGCAGCAGAAAGUUUAUGAAUUGGAAUUAAUAAUUCAACAAGAGCAAAGGAAGUCACAAAAAUUGGCGAAAGCUAUGGUUGCUGAACAGGAGAUAAUUUUCGAUUUACAAAAACGCCUCUCAAUUUUUAGUCAAAAUCAAUUUCAACAUCAUUCACGAGAUCCGAGUAAAAUAUUCCAUAAAACGCCAAACAUCUGUGAGGUAGAUAGGGACGCCCCCUGUGAAGAAUUAUUGUCCAAUGUACAACGGACGCAUAACGUUGGAAGAAUAUCAGACUUGCAGAGAAAAACUGCAACGAUUAAGGAUGAAAUUUUUGACUGCCAGAGGAAGGAUUUCAUCCACCAAUGCAGUAUACAUCACAACUGCAAAUGUGGAGAAACGAUGGACCACGCUGCGCGACACUUUCAGCCGCGAGCACAGAAAGAGGACGGAGUAUGUGCCACCGGGUUCGGCUCGAAUUCCCGUCAGAGAAUGGGAGCUAUACCAGAGUAUGGUUUUCCUGUUGCCGCAUAUUACUCAUAGGCGGUACCGACCAAGAGCAUAUAUCGACUGCCCUUGCAGCAAAUUGUGAUCGAAUAUGCUAGUCGGCACAGCAAUGUUCCUCGGCGCAUUGACUCCCCGAGCACUUCCAGUAUCGCAGCGGAUAAUUCUAAUGAUCCUGAUG